CAAUUUGGGACUUUUAUUCUGGCAGAUGAGAAGAUCUGUCUGUCUGGGUUUUACCCAUCACAUCUUCAACACAUCUGGUCAUAUAUCAUCACUGUUUUCCAUCACUACCGCCUCUGUCAUCGCCUGUUUUUCGAUCCAGGAUAAUUAUCCGCCUCUUUACCGUAGAGUGGACCACUAUCCGUGUUUCAGGAGCAGUAAUGGACAACAGCUCAGCGACUUGUCCGUUUGACACACAGGGCUACAGUUCAGCAUUUAAGCGGAAACGGACAGUGGAAGAUUUCAACAAGUUCUGCACUUUUGUGCUUGCAUAUGCCGGUUAUAUUCCUUACCCACAGGAGGAGGCGCACUUGAGGAACAGCUCUAGUCCUCCAAAUAGCACCGGCAGCACUGCAGACAGCGACGGAUGGGAGAACCAGAGGCUGGGCUGCGGCCUCUCGUCCCCAGACGAGCCCCCACCCAAAAACCGCAAGAGCUUCGCAGGAUUCAAAAGACCCACGAGCGAGGAUUCAGAGCCUCAGAAGCGUCCGAAAUCAGCAGGUCUUUUGCUAGAGGGUCGAACGAAGGCCGACAAGGUGAAAAAGAAGAAGAAGCUGAGAAAGUGUAAGAAUGAGGAAUUGAGAUCUUUAGUCCCAUUUACUUCUACCAGUGCCGAAGGUGAGAUCUCCAAUUAUGGAUGUACUAUCAAAGAAGAACCGGAAGAUUACCUCAGCAUCCCCGUACCCACCGCCGACAUGGGUAGAGACCAGUCAACACACACUGGGACAUGUUCAAAACCUGCCUCGGGUUCACAGGCCACCGCAAUGUGCAAAGAGGAGCCUGAUGUGGGCCGUCCUUGCUGGAACAGUUCUAAAAGCUCAAGUCCAAAGUGGGAGGAUGUCAAGAAGCCCUUACAAACUCAAGAAGAGGCAGUAGUCUUGAAGGUAGAAGGUUUUCCUGGUAAAAGGACUGUGGUCCGUCAGGGGAAACAGGUGGUGUUUCGAGAUGAGGAUGGAUCGGGGGAUGAUGAGGACAUCAUGGUGGAUUCAGAUGAUGACUCCUGGGACCUAGUGACAUGUUUCUGCAUGAAACCAUUCGCCGGGCGGGCAAUGAUCGAAUGCAACCAGUGCAACACCUGGAUCCACCUCUCAUGUGCCAAAAUCCGCAAGUCCAACGUCCCCGAGACGUACAUCUGCCAGAGAUGCAAAGACUCAAAGUUUGACAUUCGCCGCUCCAAUCGUUCAAGAGUGGGCUCUCGAAAACACCUUCUCGACUGAUGCCGCUCUUCUCGUUCUGCCCCUCCACAUGUAAAGAGAAACUCGUAGAAAAGUCUUCUUGAUAACUAGACUCGGAAGAGGAAGGGAUCAGUGACCUGCUUGCUUCACCUGUUUUUGUUUGUGUUUUUAAUAUUUCUCACCUUCCUAAAUGUUUGCGUCAGGCAAUCAAUACUAGGAUGAUGCAUUAACUGGAGCAGAUUUCUGCCGUACAGACAGACCGUUGCAGUUGUGAUGGUACACAGCUGAAGUUGUGCUGGAAAGAAGGGACUGAGGUGUCGGAUUGCACUUUUUUAAGAACAAAGGGGUAGCUAGAGAUUUCCAUUUGUACCCAUAGCUUUCAAAAGUAUGUCUUUUUUGUCAAAGUAUGUAUAUUAUAUGAAAUAACCAUAAUAUAUUAGUGUUCAAGGUGUUUAGACUCAUCAUUUUGUGUGGAUCUUUUCUGAGACCCCCAAAUGUGUAUGAGCGAAAGAGUUCUGUUUGUUGGAUAAAGUCACUGAUGAUUUGGAGUGAAACAUCAGAAAUGGUUCUUGCUACAUUGUGGUAUUUCUUGAUUUUUAUUUUUUACUUUUGGCAACAAAUUUGUGAUAAGAGACUAUAUGCGUCAUUUCUAUUUCUUGAUUUAUAAAUCCUGAUCAUUUGUG